ACGUUAAUUCACACAGAAUUUAGACAGUGAGAUAAGGUUAGAAAAAGAAAAAAGAAAAAAUCAACAUAUACGUGUCGUUGGAUUCUUGUAGCUAAAUCGUGCUUGCCAGCUUUACUCUUAUGGAGGCAACAUAUAUAUAAACAAAUGGAAUGAAUAAACCCAUUUAUAUAAUAUUCUUAAAAAUCAAAUUUUGACAAAAAGAGGUUCAUUGAAUAUUGAUUUUGCUUUCUGGGUUGGAAGUUUUUUUUGCUGAAAAUAUUGUUUCAGUGAGAAAAAGAUGUCGGUGGAUCCAUGGCUGAUGCUGAUGCUGAUGUUCAUCAUCAGUAGCAGCUGUACUUUUGUUAUCAAUGGCGACACAGAUCCAAAUGAUGUGUCUGCUUUAAUGGCUCUGUUUCAAAGUAUGAACUCACCGUCCCAGCUAAAUUGGAAUGGUAAUGAUCCUUGUGGACAGUCUUGGACAGGCAUCACUUGCUCAGGCAACCGAAUCACAGAAAUUAAGUUACCUGGUCGUCAACUAACUGGAACUUUGGGGUUCCAGCUACAAUCCUUGUCAUCUGUGACCAACCUAGAUUUAAGUAACAACAAUCUCGCUGGCACUUUACCGUAUCAGUUUCCUCCAAAUUUGCAGCACUUAAAUCUUGCUAAUAAUAAUUUCAAUGGAGGGAUACCUUACUCUUUUUCUGAUACUCCUUCUCUUAUAAGCCUGAACUUUGGUCACAAUCAGUUCCAACAAGCACUGAAUCUGAACUUUCAGAAGCUUACUUCCCUUACGACAUUUGAUGUUUCUUUCAAUUCUUUGACCGGAGAUCUCCCUCAGACUAUGAACUCACUUUCAAGCAUAUCCACCAUGAAUCUACAAAACAACCAAUUUACAGGAACCAUUGAUAUCCUUGCUGAUCUGCCUCUUGAUAAUUUGAAUAUAGAGAACAAUCAUUUUACAGGCUGGAUACCAGAACAGUUGAAAAACAUAAACCUACAAAAGAAUGGUAAUUCAUGGAGCUCGGGACCUGCACCCCCACCUCCUCCUGGUACACCUCCAGUAACAAAAAACAAAGGUAAUCACAAGUCUGGUGGUGGACAUAGCCCCUCGUCAGAUUCUGGCUCAAGUGAUGGAAGCAAAAAAUCUGGUAUAGGAGGUGGUGCCAUAGCUGGAAUAGUGAUUUCAAUCUUGGUUGUUGGUGCAAUAGUAGCAUUCUUUCUGGUGAAGAAAAGAUCCAAGAAGAAGUCGUUUGGAGAUGUGGAAAAGCUAGACAACCAACCUUUGGCUCCUCUUACUUCAAAUGAAGUGCAUGGAAGGAAUUCAACGCAAACUUCUUCUGUAAUUGACUUGAAGACAUUUGAUACUUCAGCAGCCGCAAUAAGUCUUAAACCCCCUCCUUUUGAUCGUAAUAAAUCAUUUGAUGAAGAUGAGUUACCAAAGAAGCCCAUCGUAGUCAAGAAGACUGUUGCACCUCCUGCAAAUUUGAAAUCAUAUUCAAUAGCUGACCUACAGAUUGCUACUGGAAGCUUCAGUGUGGAUCAUCUUCUUGGUGAGGGGUCUUUUGGACGUGUAUACCGUGCUCAAUUUGAUGAUGGACAGGUUCUUGCUGUGAAGAAGAUAGAUUCAUCUGUCCUUCCCAAUAAUUUGUCGGAUGAUUUUAUGGAAAUAGUUUCGAACCUCUCCCGUUUGCAUCAUCCGAAUGUGACGGAGUUAAUAGGGUAUUGUUCAGAGCAUGGACAACACCUCUUAGUCUAUGAGUAUCACAAAAAUGGAUCUCUGCAUGAUUUUCUUCACCUCCCUGAUGACUACAUUAAACCAUUGAUAUGGAAUUCACGUGUCAAGGUUGCUUUAGGAAUUGCACGCGCUUUAGAGUACUUACACGAAAUUUGUUCACCAUCAGUUGUUCAUAAGAAUAUAAAGGCAGCCAACAUAUUGCUUGAUGCUGAUCUAAAUCCUCAUCUUUCAGACAGUGGAUUGGCCAGCUAUAUUCCAAAUACAAACCAGGUAUUGAACAAUAAUUCUGGAUCUGGAUAUGACGCUCCGGAGGUCGGAUUGACUGGUCAGUAUACUCUUAAGAGUGAUGUCUACAGCUUUGGAGUUGUCAUGUUGGAGCUUCUAAGUGGACGGAAACCAUUUGAUAGCUCAAGGUCUAGGUUUGAGCAGUCGUUGGUUCGAUGGGCAACACCUCAACUCCAUGACAUUGAUGCAUUGGCUAAAAUGGUUGAUCCUGCACUAGAAGGAAUGUACCCUGUCAAGUCUCUUUCUCGAUUCGCCGAUGUCAUUGCUCUUUGUGUUCAGUCGGAACCUGAAUUCCGACCACCUAUGUCAGAAGUGGUUCAAGCACUAGUUCGGUUAGUGCAACGAACCAACAUGAGCAAACGGACAUUUGGAGCUGAUCAAGGAGGAUCCAACCGAGGGGGUGAUGACCAAGAUUCCCUAGACAUGUAAAUGGAAACAAAAUCCUUGUGUUGAUAGAAUGGCUUAAAAGGAAUUUAAUAUGCAUCUCAUUUUCAUUGUUUCUUUUUAACCUGUUUGAGUGAGAUUGAUAUUGUACAAUUGAUCAUUGAGGCCUGUAGACAAUUAUUCAUGUACGUUACACAUCUAUUUAUUUCAUUUGUUAUAUAAAUCUCAAUAAUUUAAACA